AUGGAGUCAAGAAGUAAUAACAUGCAAAACCCCCAGUUGGCUCCACCUUCAACUUAUGUUGCAUAUAGUACUUCCUCUUGUCAACAAUCAGUCGGUGCAAAAAGUAAUGAAAGACUGUGCUCCAAUACAAUAGACUCUUUGAAUGAUUCCCGGAAUCCAUAUUCCUCAGUGUCAUUACUUCCAACAAAUGAUAUUCCGACAUCACAAUGCUCAAACUCACAUUCGACCUCGAGUAACCUACAUCAAGCUGAUCCAACUCCUUCUUUUAUGUACUACAAUAAUAAUACUGUAUCUGCCCAAUCUACCAACCCACCUUCACCAUUCCCUAAUUCAGUACCAUCGUCUGGAUUGAUGACUCCGCGAAGCUAUCAUUUCUCACCUACCUCCAUCCCCUCCGACAUCGCUCCUCAUUACCUGCUUUCCUCCACUGGGUCCCGCCAGCAACCCUUUUCCACGUCACUUCUUCAGCGGUCGUACACAGAUGUUGAUCGUUACUCCUCGUCCUAUCGGCAGAAACCAAACGACGCCAUAUCGAUGUACAGCUUCCAAAGUGGAGAUUCUGACGAUUAUUCGGGCGAUUUCUCGAUGAAUUACCCUGCCAGAGAACAUUCGAACAAGUAUCCAAGUAACUACCCGCAGUACUAUUCUCCUGGAAAUCCAAACAGUUAUCCUACCAGAAGUCCGAACGGUUAUCCUAACGGAUACCCAUAUGCUUAUUAUUAUCGAAAUGAGGAUACGAACGGGUAUUACAAUAGCUCUUCCGAAAUAGUAGUCAAUGAUUAUCCAACCGAUUAUCGAAGCAAUUACUCGAGCCACUAUCCAGCCAGUUAUGUAAACGAUCUCUCGAAUGACUUUAUGAACGAAUACCCAAGUGACUAUCCUGGCAGCUAUUUAAGUGAUUAUCCUGGCAAUUAUCAGAGUGAUUACCACAAUAAUUAUCAAAGUAACUAUCAAAGUAGCUACUACCACAAUAAUUAUCCAAAUAACUACCAAAACGAGUAUCCAAACGGUUACCAGAACAGGUAUCCCACUGUCUCUUCUUCCAACAGAUCAUACCCAGCUCGCAAGGAUCCUUCCUCUUCUCGCUAUGCAGCCUUCCCCGAUCGCUCGUUCGCUUCUUCAUCGCUUCUGAAUCCUAGAUCGAAUGGGCAGUUCCCUUCCAAUCGCUCCUUCGUCGUUCCGCAGAUCAACUCCGCCUCGCCUUCCACGUUCUCCGAAGCUCAGCAGCGUCUUCCCGGUCGUCCGUCUCCUUCUCGAGACAACAGUAACGCUUCGUUCUAUGAGUUCGACAAUGCGGGACAUUCCGGAAUGCCAAAACACAGAGAACCAACGAAGCGAUUCAAGCAAGCAGUACCGAAGAAAAGGACAUUUAUUCGAAGGGAAAAGAAGCGGUUCAACUGGUGCUAA